AUGGGCAAGAAAGACUACAAAGGAACCAUCCUUGAUGGAAGAGACUCCUUUGACAGCUGGAAGAUGGAUCUUGAAGAUAACUUGUUGAGUGACGAUCUUAUGAGCUGCGUCACCGGUAAGGCAACAGCGGAAUCGUCAGAUUUAUCAACGCCAGGAGAGAAUGCUGCGGACAUUAAAAAUGUCUCUCUUGCGAGAAUGAAAAUACGACAGAGUAUUGACCAGAUCCACAAGAACUCAGUCAACCAUCUCACCGAUCCACGAGCAAUUUAUCAAUCCCUCGUUAAGCGAUAUGCGACAUCGAACAAAGCGCGCCUUCGACAGCUGAUCCGAAUGCUAUACGACGUUAGUACGCAGACGAAUAGAACUGUGCAGGAGAAGGUCGACGACCUAAAGCGACUUCGAGCUCAGAUUAAUAGCCAAGACAAGGACAUUGUUAUCCAUGAACAGCUAUUGAUUUGCUUCUUGCAAAUGAGCAUGGACGACGCUUUUAACACUACGGUCGAGAUCUUGAACGCCUCGACAGAGACGUUGACAAUGGAAAAGGUGCAGAGCUCUCUGGAAAGCAAAGAGUUGGAACUCGUCGAUACUACAAUCAAGGAGAAACCGCACAAUUCGCGGAAGGUCCACGAGGUUCGAUUCGUGGAAUUCGAUGAGAGCAAGUAUAUGGACAAUGAAAUCAGCCAAGAAUCACAAUCGCAGUAUGACGAUGAGAAGGAAGAGAAAAGGGAGCAAGGGGAGCUCACUGAUGAUGACUCUGAUGCCGAAGAUUCGGUCAGGGAUAGGACCAUGGACCAGGAAGCUACAGAAGCUGGGGAGGAUGCCGGAGAAGCAGCGGACGGGAACCCGACCGGCCAAGACACUGCAGAUUCGGAGGAAGAGCUCCAAGGAGACACAAUCAUUGUCAAUACAGGGGAGGCGGAUAUAACCUCUCCUGAAAGGAGUCUGCCGAAAACAAGAUCCCAGAUUCGACGAGAGACCGUGGCACUCAAAGAGCAGAGAAGCAGCGAGCAGAGCUGGAACGGCGGCAAAGAGAAGAACAGCGCAUGGCAGAACGUCUGA